AUGGUCGCCAUCAUGGCCCGUUCCUCGACAUUGCCGCUGUCGCUACUUUCAUAUAUCUCCCUCCUUGCUUCGGCUCAGGCGGCAACUGACCCGAUUGCUGCAAAAUGGUCAUCACAAACAUUUGGACCGGACGGUCCUUGGCCGGCGGUGGAAGUGAAAGUCGGGGACGAUCAGACCAUUGCCAUGUACCCGGGGCACGAAUACCAGAGUUUUCUAUUGACGAGCAAGUACUGCUCAUACAACAACACCUUGCCAUGUUAUGCGAGCCAAGCGGGAGUAUACGACAAAGCACAGUCUGCUCUGGAUAACACGGGGUCAACCGGGAAAAUCCAGUUCUCGCCAGGGCCGGACUAUAUGGCUGGUCUGCUCGUGGAUGGCGAAAGCUCAACGUCCUGGAUCGACAAUAUCGAUCUUCAGGCUGGGUCGGGCUUCACGGUACCGAACGUCUCGAUGGCCCUGAUCGGCGAAGCUUUCGCGACAUAUCCCGACGGUUCGUGGCAACCCCUGAGUGUAGGUUGCUUGGGCGUAGGCGCACCAGGGCAGGUAAACCAAAGUUUCUCGACGGGAGGAGACGCACCUAUCAACGCCAGUCUUAUUCCGGGAUACCUAGCGUCGCACAACAAGAUACCGUCCAACUCGUUCAGUAUGCACAUUGGAUCCGCCAAUCCAUCAAUGGCCGGGUCGCUCUACUUUGGUGGCUAUGAUAAGAACCGCAUCGUGGGAGAAGUUCUAACACUGGGUGGGACCGGAGAUAUCAGCAGCGAGCUUACCUUGAAUGAUAUAUCCAUCAAUGUCAUUGAUGGAUCAUCGCCGUGGGAUUUUGGCACGUCGAGGACUGGACUGUUGGCUGAGGGGAAUUCGUCCAUGACCGGGGGACUCAAGACCCGUAUCGACGGAUGCUCUCCGUACCUGUCAUUGCCAUCAUCCACAUGCAAGGCCAUCACAGCACACCUUCCCGUCACCCUGAAUGAGAAGCUUGGGCUUUAUACGUGGAAUACUGACGAUACGAAGUACUCCAAGAUCGUCAACUCUGCCUCAGCCCUGCAGUUUACCUUCACUGGAACUACCAACACGGAAAAAGUCACCAUUGCGGUACCCUUUCGCCACCUCAACCUCACCCUCGACGCGCCACUGGUAUCAUCUAAAACCCAAUAUUUCCCUUGUUUCACCGGCGCUGCGAAUCAAUACACAUUGGGCCGUGCCUUCCUUCAGGACGCCUUCGUUGGAGCCAACUGGGAGAGCAAGACAUGGUGGCUCGCGCAAGCUCCUGGUCCGAACAUCCCGUCUGCCGCCGUCGUUACCAUCAACAGCAACGACAAGUCUAUCAGUGCGAGCGAUAACGACUGGAAGACGUCAUGGUCAGGCGCUUGGAAGGCCUUGACUCCCGCAGAGGCGAGCGCCUCCGCCAGCGUGGCUGCCCCUGCAUCCACGUCGACAGAUGCCGCUUCAUCGUCCUCCGGCUCGCUCAGUACGGGCGCCCAGGCUGGAAUCGGUGUUGGCAUCGGACUUGCCGGAGCGGCUGGACUCGGUGCGCUUGCGUUCUUCUUCAUACGGAGACGUCGAGCGGCGGGCAAGGCGAGCGCAGCGGCCUCCGAGCCGGGAACCUACAAUGGAUCCGUCAGCGGCGCCGCAACGCAGCACGGCUACUACGAGCCCGUCAAGAACCCGACCUCGCCCAACAUGACCGAGUCGACCAUGUACAGCCCGCAACAGCAGCAUGCGUCCGUAUACAACCCGCAGUUUGCUCAGCAGGCGCCGUACGGAGGGACGGGAUAUCCGCCUCCUCAGCAGGCCCAGGCAUAUCCUCAGCACGACUACGUGCAACAGGGCUACCCCCAACAGAAUUUCGCCGCGGAACUGCCUGGAGGUAUGGCCCCGGUCCCUCAGGAAAUGCCUACUACGUACCAGUCGCAGAAUGAAUUACCGGCGGACUCUACCUACGGGACCCACGGCGUGCAAAGUCCACACAGCCCUCAGCCACCCACAGGACAUAGGUAG